GGUGGAACCAAGGAUUGAGGCAGACUUUUGUGGGGUUUGUUUGGCUUUGAUGUAGAGCAUUUUCAGAUUUGUUAAUUUCUUAGUUUGUAAUUGUUUGUGAAGAGUUUUUUUCUUUGCAUGGAAAAAAUGCAUAGGCUACUUCUGAAUAGGAAUAGCUAGCAAAAGUAAGACAUGCUUUAAAAAUUGUUGUUUAAUGCAGGAGGUGAACCGGCCGCUCUAAGCUCAAGAAACAGCCAGUUCGCCACCGAAGAGCAACCCAGAGCAAUGUCCCUGGCUGGGGUAAGCUGCCUGGUGACAGGAGCAGGAGGAUUUCUUGGUCAAAGGAUUGUCCGCUUGCUGUUGGAAGAAGAGGAGGCACUGGCUGAGAUCCGACUGCUAGACAAAACCUUUAGCAAUGAAGCCCUUGGGAGAUUUGGAAUGUUCCAGGGUAAGACAGCAGUGAAAAUCCUGGAAGGGGACAUCCGAGAUGUGACGUUGCUGCACCGUGCCUGUCAGGGGGUCUCCGUUGUCAUCCACACGGCUUCCAUCAUUGACACCUUGGGCCUCAUAGAGAAGCAGCUGCUCUGGGAAGUCAAUGUAACAGGUACUCAGCUACUGCUGGAGGCAUGUGUCCAUUGUAACGUCCAGCACUUCAUAUAUACCAGUACCAUAGAAGUGACAGGCCCAAACUGCAAAGGUGACCCAAUUUUCAAUGGUGAUGAAGAUACAGCUUAUGAGAGUAUAUCAAAAUCUCCUUAUGCCCAGAGUAAGAGACUGGCAGAGGAUUCUGUGCUGAAAGCAGAUGGCCAGGUGCUAAAGGAUGGUGGCACGCUGAUGACCUGCGCCCUGAGAUCCAUGUACAUUUUUGGAGAAGGUUGCCCGUUUCUUCAAGGUCAUCUGGAUAAGUGUCUGUUGAACAAAAAUGUCUACCUGCGCUUCUCCAGAAAGGAGGCUUUCGUGAACCCCGUGUACGUGGGGAACAUCGCCUGGGCACAUGUGCAGGCAGCCAAAGCCCUGCAAGUCCCGCAGAAAGCCAAGCACAUCAGGGGGCAGUUCUACUACAUCUCAGAUGACACUCCUUAUAUGAGCUACGCAGAUCUAAAUUACGAGCUGACCAGGGACCUGGGGUUUGGAAUCGAGCCCCGGCUCCCCAUGCCUCUGACAAUGUUGUAUUACUUCUCGCUACUGCUGGAGAUUGUGAGCUUCUUGCUCCGGCCCUUUGUCAGAUACAUCCCCUCCACCAACCGUCACCUGGUCACUCUAUUGAACACCCCAUUCACCUUCUCUUAUAGAAAAGCACAGAAGGAUUUUGGCUACAUGCCUCGCUACACGUGGGAAGAGGCCAAGCAGUGCACUGCUCAGUGGAUUGCCUCCAUGGUCCCACAGAGAAGGGAGUACUUGAAAAGCAAGGCUGCCUAAGUCUUAAGAGGAGCUGAGACCUGGCUAAACAAGUAGGGCCUUGAGCCAGAGGAGAGCUGGGUGAACAGCAGCAGCAGCAAACCACAAAGCAUUUAAAUGAAGACUUUGUGUAACAGCCCCCUCAUCCCCCCCACCCUCCCUGCCCCAACCUAGAAUAAGUAAAAGUGAAAUGUUAAUUUGUUUGUUGAGUACAGGCUGAUCAGGGUAACUUUCCUGUAUAGUCCACAUCCACUUCUACAUCUUGGGCAGCACAAAGACAUUAUUUUAGUAAGACUCCACACAGUCCACAGUGUGAAUACAUCAGCCUUUCUUUUCACUCCACGCCACCUUUAAGGCUUUUGUAAAGCACAGUUCGUCCUAGAACUAUGAUUAAAAUUUAUAAAUAUAUACUACUCAGCCAUACCCUACUCACUCAGCUCUUGCCAGCCUUACCGAACACACAGCAGGUAGAAGCCACCUGAUUGCAAAAGCUGUUACAGAUCUUGCUCACUUUUUCAGAGCAUUGCCCAGUUUCCUGUGCCAUUCACCUGACAGUCAAACUUUAGAGCAAAUUUGGGCACUGUAAGCAUUAUGAAGCCAAAAGCACAAUGUAAGUGCAACAUAGUUUUACUUAGGACAGUUUGUGGAAGGAGAAGGGGGAGAUUUGCUCAUGUGAAGACUUCCUCAUCCAUUCUCAUUUUCCUAGUUACCAAUUUUGCAAUAAAUCUGAUGGCUGCCCAGCAGAACAACAGCUUCAACAAGAUGAAACAGAGAAAAAUAUUGCAGGACAGCCUUGGUCACUGAAGAGUUUCCAUUGCAGAGUCAAGACAUUUGUGAACACUGAGGAAAAAUAAACAGUGCUGAAAAAAAUCAUGCUAUUUCCAGGUUACAGCUGGGAACAAAGGCUAACUUUAACUGAUAGAUGCAUAUGUGCUGUCCCUGGCUUUUCUGAUGGCCACGUGAGUUUCUGCAGAAUGUGUAACUUGACUUUCAGGCUAAAAAUGUAGAACUUGUCUGAACAAAUACAUGCGAUCCAGUGUUUGCUUCUUAAACAUACAGCUUGCUGAAAACAGCUCUAAAAGAUGGGAAUAUCUGUGUUCUAUUCAGGAUGGUGCGAACAGAAACAUUUUACCUGACUCAGUACUAAUGUAAAUAAAUCACAUUUCCAGAGAUGCUGGCAGCUUAAAGUCUGUGCUGAGUUUAAUUAUUCAGUGCCCUAGACAUUAUAUAGUCCCAGUGCAAGUAUUACCAUUUUCUUUAGUAACAUCUUAGGUUAAGUAUGUAAGAUCUGAAGCGGUAGAAUACCAGCCGUCAGCACUUCCAGUCAUAUUCUGGGGACACAGAAAUAAGUUUUCCAGGCUCCCACUGAAGGCUUUGUAAACACUCAGCAAACUAGUGCUGCGGAUGUUAUUUGAAUGCCAUCGCUUCACAGAUAACCAUGUCAACAUCUCCACCUUUCUCCACUGAGCCAGCAGUACUCUUAAGACCUCCA